AUACAUUUGAGGAAGGCAUAAAUUCUUUUUUUUCUUCUUUUUUUUUCUUCUUCUAUCAGAUCAAUGUGGUAUAACACAUUUGAUUGUCCUUAACCUAUACAGGCUUUGGCAUCACAUUGAGUUGAGUUACCAAACAAUCAGGGUAAAUUGGGACUAUCCCAUUUAAUUGUCCUAACUUGAUCUUGUGACCAAAGAGACCGCAGUCAUUAACUUACUUAGCCCAAAGGACAUUGAAGAGAGACAUCUUACUUGAUGCACAGCAGUGUCAUAGACCAGCACUGGGAAACUGAGAAACAAAAACAUCUGUAAAGAAUCUGAUGAUUGCCUAUUGUGGUGGAAAUAGGUCAUCUACAUUUGAAGUGUUAGCAACUGCCUUAAAAGUCCAAGAAGGCCCAUGGAGGACAGAAGCAGCUGCAACACUGGCCGGGAGCGCUUGGGACUAUGCUUCACCAUAGACUACCUGCUGUACAACAAGGACAGUAAGAGCAUGAGAGAGGAGGCAAAGAGUCCCCCAGCAGAGCAAACACCUCGUAGUCCAGUGGAGGAGCAGAGUCCUGACAUCCUCUCAGAGAGGGAAAGUAUCGAACUUGGGAGCCCUGAGAAGGGGCCAGAAGGAGAAGAGGGGUCAGAGGAUGAAGAGGAGGAGGAGGUCAAAGUGGAAGAAGAUCAAGAGGCGACCACUACAGACAGUCCACGGGACAAGCCCACCCAGUCCUACAUUGCCCUUAUCUCCAUGGCCAUACUUGCUUCAGAGGAGAAGAAGCUGUUGUUGUGUGACAUCUAUCACUGGAUCAUGGAUCGCUACCCCUACUUCAAGAGCAAGGAUAAGAACUGGAGGAACAGCGUCAGACACAACCUGUCCCUGAACGAAUGCUUUGUGAAGGCUGGUCGGAGUGACAAUGGUAAAGGCCAUUUCUGGGCCAUCCACCCCGCUAACUUCCAAGACUUCUCCAAUGGGGACUACCAUCGCCGCCGAGCUCGCCGCAGGAUCCGCAGGGUGACAGGACAGCUUCCGUAUGCCCUGCACACACCCUAUUACCCCCUCAACAGGCCCAGGGGGGUGCUGUGCUGGUGCUGCCCCCUAGCCCACCCUCUCUCCACGGCCCACCCUCUGUCCUGCCUCUCAGCCAGGAUGUAUUGGAGCUGGGCUAGCCAGUAUGCCAGACGACACCCAUCCCUCCACGUUCCAGUUCAAUAGCACCACAUAGAAUUGGAUGCAUGUUUGAUGUUGAACUACUCUUUGUAUGACAGGUGGCUGAGAGAGAUGUAUUGAGUAUGAUUGUGAAAUCUGUGACUGACUGGCACAAAUAAGAGUACCAAAGCACCAAAGAACUAUAUUGCACUAUUUAUUGUUUGAAAUGUGAUACACCAGAUUUGUACUGUAAUAUUAUGUAUAUAGUAUUUGAUGAGUACUGUAUAUGAAGAAAUAGAAUUGUAAAUAUAUUGAUGAACGUAUUGCAUUAUUAUAUAUAUCUUCAACAAUUUCAAAUAAAUAAACAAAA